AUGCCAGCUUACGGCAAUAUUGAGCAGUUCGACGGCGACACUUCUGCGUGGACUGACUACCGGGAAAGGAUUCAGCAGUACUUCGAAUCUAACAACGAUGCUCAGGACAAGCAACGCACUGUCUUUUUGACAUGCUGUGGAAAACAGAUAUAUACGUUACUGCGGAGCCUGCUUGCGCCUGCUGCACCGUCCGCAACAGCACUUUCCGCCAUCCUGGAGGCGUUGGAUAGUCAUUACUCUCCAAAGCCGUCACAAGUGGUCGCUCGCUACAAGUUCAGCACAAGGGUUCGUCAGGAAGGCGAAGCCCCAUGUCUACUCGAAGUGCCAGACCUUGCCCUAGUCUUUGCAAAGAAGACUGUUGUCGUAAUUGAAGCUGCACGAAACGAUUCCAAAACGCUAUCCACACAAUCCGAGGGCACAGCUGCGAAUUUUGCGAAGAAUAACUGCGGGAAGAAAAGUCACCUGGCGAAAGUUUGCCAAGGAAAAGCAAACAAGAAGAAAGAGCAGGUGAAAGACAAGAAAAAGUCUGACAAAAAGAAACCAGUAUAUGCCGUUGAAGAUACAUCUGAAGACGAAGAAGAAGCUACUUCUGUGUCUCAAGUGUUCGAUCUCAAUAAAGCGUCGAAUCGAAGCGAUCCGUUUCGCGCACACGUCGUCCCUGAUGGUGUUCCGUUGGAAAUGGAACUCGAUACAGAUACUUUGGGUACCCUGAAGGGUGUGACAGCGAAACUACACAUUCAGGAUGGCGCACGCCCAAGAUUCUUUAAAGCGCGUGCAGUGCCGUUUGCUCUUCAAGACCGAGUCGCCGAGGAGCUACAACGUAUGCAGCGUGAAGGCAUUAUCGAACCAGUAAAGACGUCUGAAUGGGCAGCGCCCAUUGUUCCUGUCGUCAAACGCGAUGGACAUGUAAGAAUUUGUGGUGACUUCAAGAUUACCGUAAAUCCCGUUGCCGUACCUGAGAAGUAUCCGAUUCCAAGGGUUGAGGAACUGUUCGCUAAGCUGUCAGGAGGAAAUAAAUUCAGUAAGCUUGACAUCAAGGAUGCUUACCAACAAAUACUGCUGGACGAAGAGUCCAAGAACCUGGUGACCAUCAACACCCAGAAAGGGUUGUAUCGGUACGUAAGGCUACCGUUCGGCGUUUCUACGGCACCAGCGUUAUUUCUACGAAUAAUGGAAAACCUCCUGCAAGAUCUGCGUGGCGUCGUGGUUUACUUCGACGAUAUCCUUGUCACUGGAAAGGAUGACGACGAUCACAAGAAGAACUUGGAUAUUGUACUGCGAAGGCUUGAAGAAGCUGGACUACGAUUGAAACAUGAAAAGUGUAUUUUUAUGGCCUCUAGGGUGCACUAUUUAGGUCACGUAAUCACGGAAGCGGGGUUACAUCCUGAUCCAAAGAAGGUAGAAGCUGUGACGAAGGCGCCACCGCCAACGAAUGUGAAAACGUUGCAGAGCUACCUGGGGCUAGUGAACUAUUACAGGAAGUUCUUGCCUGAUUUGUCGACAGUACUGCAUCCUCUAAACAAGUUACUGGGAGCAAAUGCGCCCUGGACUUGGGGCACCGAGCAGCGGCUCGCUUUCCAAAAAAGUAAAGACCUCCUAACGUCUGCUAGGGUCCUAGCUCACUUUGACCCCAAGAAACCUUUGGUUUUGGUAUGUGAUGCAUCGCCUUACGGCGUGGGUGCUGUACUUGCGUACCGUGAACUGUCAGGCCCUCUUAAGGGUCAUUACAUCUUCAUCCUUGUGGACGCAUUUUCCAAGUGCGUAGAAGCCGAAGUUGUUCCAUCACCAUCCGCGGAAGCUACUAUUUCUUGUCUACGUUCUAUCUUUACGAGAGAAGGACUGCCCGAUCUCGUAGUUUCGGAUAAUGGACCAGCAUUUGUAUCAGCAAACUAUCGAACAACGCCGCACGAGAUAACCGGUGCAUCUCCAGCAGAACUCUUGUGCGGAAGAAAGCUCAAGACUGCUCUGUAUAAGUAUAAUCUCCAUCCGGACAUGCGCACCACAGUACUCCCGUCUAUCGUCCUGGGGAUUCCGUGUUCGCAAGAAAUUUUUGACCUGGACCAACUUGGGUCCCUGCUAUUCUCACAAAGGCACAAGGACAAUCGUCAGCUGUUGUGCAGCAACCUGGAGGGGUUAUUUCUACCAGGUACCAAGAUCAUCUACGAAGGGAUACACAACGAUCAGAACCAUCAUCAGACAGCAACGCUGGAGCUGAACAGUCGCAGUUGUCACCGAGUGUACCACCAGCUGAUUUUCAACCUGAUACCGUGGAUAAUCAUGGGUCAUGUCCAGACGGCAACAACACUUCAAGUGAUAGUGCGGUGA